CUUCUGAAUCACCCACCGCGAUGGCAACAUACGGCUACGGGCCACCACCACCUCCUCCAGCUGGCGCUCCCCCGCAAGCUUACCAGCAACAGUACGGACAGUAUCAACAACCAGCAGCUGUCGGACAUGCUCACGGAGGCCAUGCUCCCCGAGGAGGUCGGGGCGGCCACAGCGGACGCGGCGACUUUCACGGCUCUCCAGCAGCCUACCCCUAUAAUAACCAACCGCAGCCCCCCCCUAGUUAUGCCGGGCCACACCAUGCUCCUCCACCUCCGCAUACACCUUUAGCGCCCCAAAACUACCAUCCCAACUAUGCGCCCCAGCAUUACCAGCAGCCUCAAUAUGCUCAUCAGCAACAAUACCCUCAUCAACAGCCGCAGCAGCCCCCGCAACCACCACAGCAAUCGCCUUAUGCUCAUCACUAUCCCUCCUACCCUCAGGCUCCAAGCGCGUCUCCUCAUCAGCCGUGGGGAGGCCCUGCGACAGCUGGUCACCAGCCUGCGGGCCCUGCUCAUUAUGGAUCAGGACGUGGUCGGGGCGGACACCAAGGGGACCGUGGCGGACACAAGCCAGCUGCUGCAAUGGGUCCGCCGCUGCGCAUGGGUUUCGAUAAUCGCGGUCCAGAGCCACCUGCUUUAGUGAGCAGCGCUACCGUCUACCCACCCCAGCCCUUCGGGCCUCCCCAGGGGGCCGCGCCGUACGCACCACCGCCAUCGUAUCACCCAGGUUAUCCACAGCCAGGGCCACCCCAUAUGCACGCUCCUGGGCCCCCUCACUAUGAUCCAUAUAAUUCUGGGCAGCACGGUGGUGGUCGUCCUCACGGACGCGGUGGCUUCCACAAUAGCAACCGGGGCCGGCCUCAUACUGGUGGCGACAAGAUGCGCCACAAUAACCACAAGAAGCCCAACGGAGCUCCCUCCACACCUCAAGGUGGUCAUCAGAAGCCUGAUGCACCAUCCGCAGGGAAGAAAAAGAAGCGCAAGACGAAUACUCUUGGACUCACCCCUGGUGAUGAGUCCGAUGAUGACUUCAAUGAAGAGGCGAAGCUUGUCGAGCUGAUAGGCCCAGAUGCCCCCAAUCCCACCGAUAUUGCUGCAUGGAUCGCAGAACGCAAAGCCAAUUUCCCCACGCAGGCGCGCAUAAAAGCCCAGGCUGCAGCUGCGGCAACCUCCAACGGUGACAAGACGAAGGAUGGCAAAGAUGCCGCAGUCUCGUCACUUGAGAAGCAGAAGCUUAAGGCAGAGAAACUCAGGAAGCAGCUUGAAAAGGUAGAAUCGAGUAUCAAGCGUAAGAGGGAGCAGCAGGACGAAGGUGAUGACAUGAGGGAUGUCAAGGCCAGUCCUUCCUCUUCUGAUGAUUCCCAGUCGGACUCGGAGAAGCCUGAGGUUCUGCCCAGCCGCCCAGCCGUGCCACCACCGUCCAAGAAGGCGGAUCCGUCAAAACACUGCAAGUACUACUCGACUGGUGGCGUAUGUGGUAAGAAAGGCAAGUGUCGCUUUGUUCACGACGAGGCAGUACGGUCUGCUGCCCUGCGGGAGCGCGAGAUGAAUGGCGGCAGAAUGACACUCCAGCAGCGCCUGACGUUGAACGACAAGGAUCAAGAGGAUCUCACGAUCGUCAAGACUCUUCAGUAUCUCAAGGAGAAAGGACUCAUUGAUCAAUCGGGCAGUACGCCCAGCUCGCAGCCAAACAGGUCGGAGACAAGUGCCGACCUGCCGCCUCGCCCAGCUGUCGUUGCUACCUCAUCCCGCGCGUCAGCAGAUCCCUAUCAAGGGUGGGACCUAAAUGGCUUUGGCAACUCGGGAACGAGGGACUCGGUCUAG